GCGAGUAACACGGUGUGAGAUCGAGAUGCGUGGUUCUACUUUCGUCUAUACAACUGCAAUGCUUUUGGGUCUGCUACAACAACACUUCCUUCUAUGUCAAGGAAUUGAAGACACUGGUUGUUUAGUCACACAACUGUUUCGUGCGAUGAGCGCUCUUUCCGUAAAGGUGGAGAAUAUUCAAGAGGAUUUUAAUAAUCUGAGGAGGGAUCUACAAAGCGAAAGAGAAGAAAGGAUCAAGUUGCAGGUGGACAAUGUGGAACUUCGCCAACUCAUCAUUCAGCUUCAAGCAGAAAACGCGCUUCUCAAUCGCAGUUUAACUGUUAGUAUUUGUGAUUUAAAUAUAUCUCAUUAUAAAUGCAAAUGUCGUACAUUUUUAAGUCUAUUAUAAAUGAAGAUGUGUUGAAACGCUAUCUUUCUCCAGUCAAGGGACUGGCAGAGAGGGUAGGGAUGGUUAUUGUAUGGUGAGAUGGGAUUUGUAGUGCAUGUAGAGCGUGUGCUCGUUUGCUAGACGAAACAACUGGAGGAUUAGAAAGAAGAGGUAGACAAGCAAAGAGAGGUGAAGUGAGUAGUGUUGUGUGGGACUGAUUGUUGAUGGUUGUUGCAGUGGACAAAGAAUGAAAGUAGAGUGACUGUUGCAGCACAUCUUGUAGGAUCAUCAAACGGUUGGUAUACUAU